AAAGUGUUUGUUGCUGUCCCCAUGAAGUGGCUGUCUGGCCAACACUAACAUUAGACGUUUUGUCCCUGAGUCAUGGCGGACAGGAGAGCGGAGAAGUCAUGUGAAGAAGCCAGCAGAUCGUUAGUCAGGCGGGAGUACGAGGCGGCAGUCACCCACAGCACGGACGCCCUGGUGGUCCUUGUACCCCAAGCCCCCUCCUCGGGUGCCCCUGCCCCGUCGAGCCCUACAUCCCUUGCCACCAGCGGAACCCUCCGGAGCCGCGCCCUGCUCUAUCGAAUUGCUGCCUUCUUGCAGCUGAAAAACUAUGAUGAAGCAGAUGAAGACUGCAAACAUGUCCUGGUAGAAGAGAUUGCCAGAGGAGAUGGUUCGCUACAAGUCAGCUUGCGCGCCAUGCUGGUGGACGGCAGCCUGCAGGAGGUGGCCAGCAUCCUCUCUAAAGCCUUGUAUGGAGAGCCAAUGAAUGGCAUUGUCGCAAAAGACCUGACCAGGUUAAAAAUGCUUCUUUCAGAAAUAGAGGCUAUAAAUAGGGAGAUGGCACCAGAAUACACAGAAGACCAGGAGGAAGAGGUUCAAGAUGGCUGGCAGUACCGGCCUCCUCCCCGAGGAGUCACCAGCAGUGAGGAGUACACCCUCUGUAAAAGGUACAUGGAGCAGGGUCUGUGUCGGUAUGGGGCCCAGUGUACGUCAGCCCACUCGCAGGAGGAGCUGAUGGAGUGGCAGAAACGCUAUGCGUCACGCCUCAUCCGCCUCAAACAGCAGCAGGAGAGCACACACUUCACCGAAAACUACAUGGAGACCCUGAUAGAGAAGUGGAUGAACUCCCUCUCCCCAGAGAAAGUGUUAAGUGACUAUUUAGAUGGAGUGAAUGUAGAAGCCAGCUCCUGCCUCUCUGUUACUGUCACAACCAAAAGAUCCUCCCACUCCUGGACAUUCUCCUUGUAUUGCAAGCCGGCAAGAAAGCUCCACCGCAUCGCCCUGCUCUAUGAUGCCCACCGACCACAUUUCUUCAUCACAGGCUUGUCAACUGGGGAGCGGCUCCAAGCACUCCCCCAAGGCUGCCAGGAGUGGACUCCAGCAGAGCAGACAGCAUUGGCAGAAGACAACGGCCUGGACAACUGUUACUACAAGGUAGCAGUGAGCUUCAGCACAGAGAUCUUUGGUACCUUCAGGCAGACGGUUGUUUUUGACUUUGGCUCAGAACCUGUGCUGAUGAAGCGGAUCAUGGUGGAUGCUGCCUCUAUUGAAGACCUAGAUUAUUUGAUGGCAGCCAGGCAGCAGCUUUUGAUGACUGCAAAGCGCUGGGACCCCUCCUGUAAGACCAUUGUAGAAUUCACCCCUAAUGAUUCGAUGGCUGACCUGGAGCGCAGCCUCCUUGUCCGCUAUCAGAUCCCUCUGUCGGCCGACCAGCUCUUCACCCAGUCGGUCCUGGACAAGACUCUGACCAAAGACAACUACCAGGCCCGGCUCCAUGACCUGCUGUACAUUGAGGAGAUUGCGCAGUACAAGGAAGUUAGCAAGUUUAACAUCAAAGUGAACCUCCAGCUGGUUAACAGCUUUAUGCUGACCGGCAUUUCGGUCGGAGCCAAGUACGCCGUGAACGGACAGCUCUUUGCACGCUUCAAACUCACUGAAACACUUUCCGAGGACACACUGGCUGGUCGGCUGGUGAUGACCAAGGUAAACUCAGUCCUCGUGCUCCCCUUGGGCCUUCAUGGGGUCAGCUGCAAGCCGCCUCCGGGGGUCAAAGAGCGAGUUUACGAGGCUGUGAUUGAGGAGAAGACCAAGGACUACAUCUUCCUACGGAUCUGCAAAGACUGCGUUGAGGAGUUAGGGCUACAAUCCGACAGAGAACUACAGGUGGAGCUCCAGUUCCAGCUGAACAGACUGCCGCUCUGUGAGAUGCACUAUGCCCUUGAUCGGAUCAAAGAUAACACCAUCCUUUUCCCUGACAUUGGCCUUGUCCCCACCAUCCCCUGGAGUCCAAACAGGCAGUGGGAUGAGCAGCUGGACCCCCGUCUGAAUGCCAAACAGAAAGAGGCCAUACUGGCAAUCACCACACCCCUCUCCAUCCCUCUACCCCCAGUCCUCAUCAUUGGGCCGUACGGCACGGGCAAGACGUUCACCCUGGCACAGGCUGUCAAACACAUCCUCCGCCAGGACACAAGCAGGGUCUUGAUCUGCACCCACUCCAACAGCGCGGCUGACCUUUACAUUAAGGACUACCUUCAUCCUUACGUCGAAGCAGGCAAUCCACAUGCCAGACCUCUCAGGGUAUACUUCAGGAACCGCUGGGUGAAGACGGUCAACCCAGUGGUCCAGCAGUACUGUCUCGUCUCCCACACAGGGGUCAAUUUCCAGAUGCCCACAAGGGAGGACAUCCUCAGGCACCGUGUGGUGGUGGUCACCCUCAGCACCUCCCAGUACCUCUGCCAGCUUGACUUGGAACCUGGGUUUUUCAGUCAUCUCCUACUGGAUGAAGCGGCCCAGGCCAUGGAGUGUGAAACCAUCAUGCCUUUUGCUCUAGCUAGCAAGUCCACCCGCAUCGUGCUGGCUGGGGACCAUAUGCAGCUCAGUCCCUUCGUGUACAGCGAGUUUGCACGGGAACGUAACUUGCACGUGUCACUGCUGGACCGGCUGUAUGAGCACUACCCCCGGGAAUUUCCCUGCCGCAUCCUCCUCUGCGAGAACUACCGCUCCCAUGAAGCUAUCAUCAACUACACGUCAGAGUUGUUCUAUGACGGGAAGUUAAUGGCAAGUGGAAAGCAGCCCUCCCAUAAGGACUUCUACCCUCUGACAUUCUUCACAGCCAGAGGAGAAGAUGUCCAGGAGAAGAACAGCACUGCCUACUACAACAACGCUGAGGUGUUUGAGAUCGUGGAGCGAGUCGAGGAGCUGCGCAAGAAGUGGCCGGUGUCCUGGGGGAAGCUGGACGACGGCAGCAUUGGAGUGGUGUCGCCGUACGCUGACCAGGUGUUCCGCAUUCGUGCUGAGCUCCGAAAGAAGAGAAUGCACGAGGUCAGCGUGGAAAGAGUGCUCAAUGUCCAAGGUAAACAGUUCCGGGUGCUGUUCCUCAGCACUGUGCGGACGCGGCACACCUGCAAGCACAAACAGACGGCCAUCAAGCGUAAAGAGCAGUUGGUCGAGGACUCGACUGAGGACCUGGACUAUGGCUUUCUCUCCAACUACAAGCUGCUCAACACGGCCAUCACCAGAGCCCAGUCCCUGGUUGCAGUUGUGGGAGACCCCAUAGCACUGUGCUCUGUUGGGCGCUGCAGAAAAUUCUGGGAGCAUUUCGUCUCCAUCUGCCACGAAAACUCGAGCCUACACGGCAUUACCUUUGAGCAGAUCAAGGCUCAACUCGAGGCCCUGGAGCUCAAGAAGACUUAUGUCCUCAACCCACUGGCCCCGGAGUUCAUCCCACGUGCCCUCAGACCCUUGCAGGGACACCACUCUUCGCAGGCCUUACACGUCCACCACCAUCCGCAUCCUCAGCACGCACAGCCCGCCUCCAUCAAGCAGGGUCCGCAGCAGCAGCAGCAACAGCAACAACAGCAGCAGCAGCAGCAGUCACCACCUAAGGGGAAACAUGCAAACCACACAGAGCACCUGCCACCUGAAGGAUAUGUUCAACCGAACCCAGCCGUGCUGAUGGGAAACCCUAUUCGGGCAUUCUCACCCCCUCUAGGUGGUACACCAGCUGCCAUGGGCAAGUCGCCCAGUCCUGUGCAGAGGAUAGAUCCACAUACAGGCGCCAGUAUCCUCUAUGUUCCAGCCGUGUAUGGUGGCAACAUGGUCAUGUCCAUGCCUCUGCCUUUGCCGUGGCCAGGUUACCAGAAUCGCUUUGCCGUGGACCCUCGCAUCAUGAGCCAUCCUGCAGCCAUGGCCUACAACUUCAACCUGUUGCAGGCCCAGAAUCGGGGCUCCCCUAUCCCUUACAGUGGAGUGACCCACCCCUCUCCUCUAGGCAUGGGCCAGCCCAGCCCUGACAAGGAGUUACAGGCAGACCCCAUAAGAAAUGGUAAAUUAGAAGCAUGUACAAAGUCAGAACAGAGCCGUCUCCUGACACCAGAGAGGAAAUCCACCGACAUGAAGGAAAAACAGGGAGAUUUAGACACAGGCCAAAGUCGAAGUCUAGACUCUCAGACAGAUGGGUUAGUUGGAUUUCCCAAUGCUCUACUCCAUCGAAAAGACCCCUCGGCAGCCCAGAGACCCCUCAACUACCACCUGGCACCACCCAACCCAGCCUUUCCUCCACAUCCUACCAGUGGGAGACCCUUCCCCCCACAGUAUCCAGUCUCCAGGCUUCCAUUUCGGGUCGGUCAGCCUCAGCACCCAGGGAUGGCCCAGCAGAGUCAACAGCAGCAGCAACAGCUCAGUCCUGCCUACUCUGGUGGUAGCCACAAUGCUUCCUUCUUCAGUGGCCCCAUACCGCCUCACAGGGCUGUCCAGUCUCCAACUAUGGAUGGCCCAGAGUCUGGAGGGGUGGAGGAGAUGGGUAGCUCCAUUAGGACUCCAAUGGGCCACCCAGGAGGCCACCACCCAGGCUUGUCACAGCAUAACAGGGUCAAUAGCUUCGGGGAGGAUGGACAAGAAGGGACCAUGGCAGAUGGUCUGGACCUCCAGGGUCCCUUGGCUCUUGAGGCCCUGAGCCAGCAGCAGCAGCAGCAGGCCAGGCUGGGCCAGUGGGGGGAGGCACCGGGCCCUUUCCUGCAGGGCAGCGUUGCCUUUCCUUUGCCACAACAGCUCGCCCACCUUGCUCAGCCCGGCAUGCCGGCCCGCAUCCCCCAUCAACUGCUACGGGCAGCUAGUUGGGGCCUUAGUGCCAAUAUGGAUGAUGAAGCUGUUUCUUCUGCCUCUGCUGGACCACCUUACACCAGGUACCCAGGCCUCUUGAGAGAGAUGGGCCCACAAGAACAGCCCGAACCCAGGGAAGCAGUUGAGAUGCAGCCCCCACCUCAGUCCCGUCUCCUCCAGUAUCGGCAGUCCCAGUCCCGUGCCUCAGGUGACCCUACAUCCUCCUUAGCCGCCUCCUCCAAUCAUGCUGGCCCUUUCCCAUCAGGACCUUACUCCCAUGACACCGGUCGUGACCUCCUUAACGACAACCUUCUCAACAACCCAGCUCUGCAGCAGCAGCAGCACCCUGGUAACCCCCUGUACAAUACUGGUAGCUACCCACAUCAGCCACCAGCUCACCCUGUUAGCCCCCCGCCCUCCCAAGUCAAAUACCUUCUGCAAGAAGCUCAGUGGUCCCAUGGUGGAGCCGCAUCAGUGAGCCCACCACAUAACCACCUGUUGGGGAACCAGGGCCACGGCCAUGGCCUUCCUUAUGGACUUCCCAUCAUGGCUCACCCCAGCAGACAGGAGCAAGUCCACCUGAUGCAACUUCACCAUCAGCACCAGCAGCAACAGCAGCAGCAGCAGCAACAACAACAACAACAGCAGCAGCAGCAGCAACAACAACAGCAGCAGCAGCAGCAACAACAACAACAGCAGCAGCAGCAGCAGCAGCAGCAACAACAACAACAAAGUCAAGGCCCAGACCAGGAGUCCUACCACCCUCUGUCCCCCAGAACGUCAGCAGCCACAGCCCUUCACAAUGUAGAUGAGUAUGAACCCAGGGGUCCAGGUCGGCCUCUCUAUCAGCGCCGCAUCUCCUCCAGCUACCCAGAUGAACCAUCUCCAGCCAACCCCCACAAUGCCCUGUCUCAGCAGCCCCAGCCUUGUACAUCAGAUCCCCAGGAGCACCCCCAUCCGCACCUACAGCAUCACCAACACCCACAUGCCCACUACGUUUAUCCUCCGCAUGACAACUGGCCCAGUAAUGGCGGCGGUCCCGCUCCGUUCCAGAACAUUCCAUGUAACGGAGCCGGCACGCUUGCUCAGCAUCGGGAAAUCCUUGCUUCCAAGGCCCUUCGUCAGACGGAGGAGCAGGUGAAGGCUGAGACCACAGCGGCACAGCAGACGCACCCGCACUCCCUCAACUCCCUUCAGCACCUUGGACAGUUUCCUCCUCUCAUGCCCAACAACAAGCAGCAGCAGCAGCAACAACAACAACAACAACAACAGCAGCAGCAGCAACAACAACAACAACAACAACAACAACAACAGCAGCAGCAGCAGCAGCAGCAGCAGCAGCAGCAACAGCAACAGCAGCAGCAGCAGCAGCAGCAGCAGCAGCAGCAACAACAGCAGCAGCAGCCACAGCAGCAGCCGCGGGAGCAGCAGCAGCAACAGCAGCCGCCACAAGCUCCCACAGAGCCCAGCCAGGGCGCCCCAAAUCUAAACAAACCACCCACCAUGUCGUACGCCAGCGCCCUGCGCGCUCCACCCAAGCCCCGAGCUGUUCGCCCUGAACAGGUCAAAAAGAACAGCGACCCCCUCUCCCUCCUUCAAGAGCUGAGUAUAGGAAGUUCAAAUGGUAGCAAUGGGUACUAUUCCUACUUUAAAUGAGUCACCUCUCUCACAUUAUAAGUGAUUAAACAAAAACCAAAAAAAAUCUACAAAAAAAAGCAAAAACAUUCUUUAAAAAAAAAAAAAAAAAAAAUAGUGCAAAGUGCAUUUACAAAUUGUUUCUAUCAGUAGGUUUGUUUUAUGCAUUCUGUUUUUAUUUUUACUUUUUAUUUGUAAGUCAUCUUUUCUCCUGUUUCACAUAUCUGUGAAGAAAAUAAGUAUAUAUAAAGAAUGCAUUACUGGUAUAUAUACAUACUCAUUAUGUAUAUAUGAAUAUAUACUUAUAUUAUCUACACUUGUAUAUGUACGUAAUGCUAAAAAAAGUUAUAAAAAAUUAAUAAAAAAGGCGAGACUUGGUUGACCACUUAGCUCCCUGCUUAAUUUUCCUUACUAAAGUUGGUUUUCUUUUGGUUUCUACAUAAGUACGUUGAAGUUUUAACAUUUUGUGUUCCUCAGUUUUGAGUGGGCGUAACGUCUUGGUUUUCAGACUACUGUAGUUGUGGUAAUGGACGAAAGCUAAGUGGUCAACUGAGACAAGAAACUACAGGAACAGUGUAUAGAAGUAGUUAAUUUUCCUCUAAUCUGUACAUAUAAAGAAACUUAAAAGACUGAAUUGUAUGCCACAGACAUGUCCUUAAAUUCCUGUAUCAUGCUAGCGUUUGCAUUAUAAAUUCUUUUCUGUUUGUUGGACUUCUGAUCCUAAAUUCUUAAACAUCUUUAACUGAGAAUCAUCUUCAGUGAUACUGUGGUUAAUGUGAUUAUUUACUGAAAAAUAACAAUAUGAAUAUUGAUAGCAUAUUUUACUUUUCACCAAUGCCUCAUCAGCCACAAUAGAUACAAUAGAAUGAAGAGUUUUAAAAUGGCAAAAACCAUCUUGUUCCUCCCUUGGUUUUGCUUUAAGGAUCCUAGAACAUCAGACAUGACUCUCUGUGAUAAGAUACUCAUUUUAUUUUAAGUCUUUUUUUGUUUCAUUUUAUUUCUUCUCUGAGACAGUCGUUUCAUUGUUACAGAGUCACUUCUCAACCCGUGUUAGUAAGAUUUUGACCAGGGAAAGAUUUCAAAAACCUCUGGGGAUACAAAACGUGGUUGUUGUUUUUUUGUUAGUAUAUUUUUUUUCUUCUUCUGGUGACUAAAGAUCAUUGAGUUUGUUUUUUCGUUUUUUAUGAAGAGGUUGCUCUACUCUGUGGGUUAGUGAAAGUGAAGAGAGAGUCGUGAGGUCAGAGUGACAUGUCGUGAUUGGUAAGUUGAAACUGAAGGUGUGGUCAACACUGCCAGUCAAACGUUUUUGAACAUGAUGAAUUUUAGCAAGUAUAUUAACUAUAGAUUAUAUACCCUGAAAUUUGAAAAAAUACGUAUAUAUAAAGAAUAUUAUGGGUGUAAAUUGUUUCUGUCUUUUAUUUGAUUGGAAAUGGUCUGUUGCAAACAGCUCACUGCGCUGAUGCUCUAGUUCUCGCACGUCUUUUCAUAGCAUUUGAUGGAUUGGUGACACAUCCUUUUCACAUUUCUCUCUGUGUGACAAUCUUUUAAUCCCUGAGUAAUAUGAAAAUAAUAGUGAACAAUAACCACUCAUCUCUUUCCUGAGCUGAUGUUUGCUCAGAGUUUCUACAUAUACAUGGAUCAUUUCCCAUAAAAUUCUAAGUCAAAAGCAUGUCCCCGAUUCUCAUAUUUUCAAAUUGCAGGGCAUUAAAAGGAAAUUGUUCUCCCAGUUAUUUUCAACACACUGCUCCGAGAUGUAACCAAAAAUAAAAACGAAAAGCAAUUUUUUAAGAAGUUGUUCAAAAAGGUCUGACUCACAGUGUGUCUGUGUUUUAUAAGGAUUCAUUGGUGAUGUUGUAGAAGUUGUUCCUCGUCAUUCAAAGAACGAAAUCAUCCAUUUUUAGACUCGUUUGGUUUGAGUGAUAAUAUGAAAUUUUACUCCCUUUAAUUGAAAAAGUGUCCACCAUGCUAUUUUUGUUAUACUAAUUUUUCUUUUUUUUUAAAAAAAUGCUCCAAACCACAUACAUUUAUCUCACGUCCCAAAAACACAGGACAAACAUAACACAGGAUCAUUAGAGUUUGAAUUCCAGCUCACUGCGCACGAGUUUCAUCCCGACGCCUCCAUGAUUAUAGUCUCGCAGGUAAAAUAGAAAAAAGAUGCUGAUACAGUUUUUCCUUUAUGAAAACCCCACUGCCCUGUUUGCAAAUUGGUCUGAUUGUAAUGUGUCAUGGCUUUCAUACGACAGUGUGUCACUAUUAACCAUCUUCAAACGUCACUUACCCACAAAGCUAAGCCCUUACAGCUAACUACUUAGACGUGUUUCGACUAGGCAGCGGCGAGCCUCAUACAAGCUACAGUUUUACUUUCAACGUUUUACACAUUGUAAUUCAAAGGUCCAGACUUUUUGGACUUACAGCGGAGAACAACACAUACUUGUAAAUAUGCAUUUUCUAGGUAUUUACAAACAAGAACUUUGGGAGCGCCUCAAUUUUGUAGAAGCUAUAAAGAGGCUCUGCCCUUUUUAAUUAUGCAAAGUCACACAAAAAAAUAUAUAGGAUAAUUCUACAAAUGGAUGACAACAACCCAGUUGGUAUAGUUGUUGGGACAUUUUCAUUAUUUUUUUUUCAUUUGACAAAGAGGAGACUUUGUGUUGCAGCUGUUAAAAGAUGAUAAUUUCACUGUAUACAUGUUUUUCAGUAUGUGUUGCUGGAUUUGUCCUGUUCCUUUCAUUUCUGACCACUUUACAGCUGUACAACAAUCAACAUGGUUUUUCUUUUCUUUUUUUAUGUGAAGACUUGUUUUUCCUUUCAUGCAUGUUGAGAUGACCCGGCUGGUUUUUAUCCCUGUUUUUAUCAGUUUGUAUUGAUUUGUGGAUUAAAAGAAAAACGAGAAAAAAAAAAAUCUUUUGUUCAACCUACAGAGUCAAAUUUUAGUAUAUUUGAUGUGUACGAUAACUUGUGACAUUAUCAGCAAAGCUAUUAUAAUAUUUUACUAACAUGUCAAACAAAUAUGUACUGGUCAUGUAAGUUCUCUUAUUUCUUUUCUGCAGUUACUUAGCAGGGCUACAGCUGAGGUUGCUCCCUGGUGCGUGUUGAAUUAAAAAAUCUCCCGACACGCUGGUUAGGGGGGAAUCAGUUUUCGUCGUUGGCUAAUCUCUGAAGUUGUGCAAUACUAAUAUUCCACCGCUUCGUCAGCUACACUUUUAUUUAUUUUUGAAGCAGAAGAGAUUGAGCCAAAGACAUCUUAAAGGGAUUUUAUUUCAACUUUUCUUUAGCUGAUUUGUUUUUGACGCCUCAUUUUUGUUCUAAUCUACCAUCUUUAUAUUUCAAACAUGAAGGGUAGCCUCAGAUGAAGUUGGAUUUGAAUUGUGUUCGCCUCCUAAUGUUGCACCAUAUGUCAUCGUUUGAGGUUGAUCAUUUCGAAAACAUCCUGUGUUGCCUUUUUAAAGAGGACGAAAUGAAAUCAACUUGUUUGUGUGGCACAUGGAAAGGGAGCAACCUUUUGCCCAGCCAGUAGAGAGCACUGUGUUCAGCCUUCUAUAGACGCCACAUCUCCUCCCGUUAUCCGUUCGCUCUCCUCUGUUCUUCCCCCGCUGCAGUGAAUCAAUGGCACACCUGUUCUCCCAGCCCCCCCCAGUCCCAUUGGUUCUUCCCUCGUGGGUACAAAAUAAUGAAUAGAUAUGUUUUACUCUUCUUCAUUUCAAUUGGUGGUGGUUAUAAUAAAGGAUUUAGACUGUGUUUAAAAGGUUUAUUUUCUUUUUUUUAUUUGUUUCUCUAUUAAAGUGUUUUUAUUGAAA